UUGGUCCCUGGCUAUGGCCACUAUUAAGAGGGAGGACAGGGUGGGAACAUGGAACAUGUCUAUUUAGGAGGAUCCCAGGGGAUAGCACAGGUGCUAUUACGGCCAUUGCCACAUGCUGCCUUGGACAUGGAGACCCAGUGCUGACCUGUGACUUCAGACCAGACUCUUCUGAGCCUCAGGUUCCCCUUUUAUACUACCGGGGAGUUGAGCUGGAGCCUAUUCCAUAAAGCAGGCCAUGAUGACACUGCUCAGAGUGAAGUGGGUGGGGUCUCGGGGACCACCUCUCCUCCUGCCUUCCACAGAAGCUGCUGAGAAGCCUCUGAGGACCUGCAGGCUCUGCAGCACCUAGGGACCUCAAAACCCCUCUCCCUGCACUUUUGUUCACACUGCCUCCUCCCAGCUUUUGUCCCCUCCAAGACAAAGCCAGAUUGAGAUUCCUCUCUGGCAGUCUGUUUCCUGAGCUACUGUCUCUUCCAAACAGCAGGGGUAAGACUCCCACAUUCUGCUCCAACCAGGCUGUCUGGGCAUGGAACACCAGAUUCUCAGCCUGCAUGACCCUUCCCUCUCCAGUCCUCUGUCCACUGUGUACCUGGAACUGCCAGGUUCAAAAGACCCAUAGAGGCCUGACCCAUUGUGAUGGCAAGACCAUGACCAUGGACAGGCUGACUGGCUCCUUUCGGAGCUGGACUGGCAGAGCCUGGGCUUGUGGUGCCUGGCUUGGGGCUGGCGCCUGCUGGGGAUGUCCUCCUGUCCCAGGAGGUUCUGGCUGCCCAGAACGCUUCCCACAGUCGCAGCCAGCCUGGUCUCCUUAUAUAGCCCUGGGUCUGGGCUGGGCCUGUGCUCUGUGCCCCAAGGGAGCAGACCUGCUGUGAGGAAGGGCCCAGUCCUACUUGCUGGACCCCAUGGGGAGACUCUUCCCCCAGACACUGGAAGGUGUGUGUUCCCCUGUGUAAUCCUAAUCAUAUCCAGAGCCAAAAGGGUGAGCAGUGGAGACGUGCGCAGAGAUGAGGCUUCUGGCCAGUCAUGCUAAGGAAGGGGACCGUCUUCCUUGCAGCUGUAGAAAUAGCUCCAGUCUAUGGCACCUUUGACCCAGGCCUGCCGCCACCUCUAAUGGAGACAGGACUGGUGGGGAAAACCCUCCCCAGCCUCUGGAAGCCACUGGCUGCCCCAAGGCCCCUGAUAGGUUCCCAAGGCAGCUGGCCCACUCAGGGCUGGUGUCACGGAGCCCUCCUCCUUCCCUGAUCCAGGACUUGGCAUCUGGCCACACUUUUAUGACUCAUCUUUACCCAUCUGUGGCCACAGACUCAGGAGCUGGCUUCCCCAGAGCCACCAGGGAACGCGAGCCCCAGCGGUGCCCAGAGCGCAUAAUAUGUACUCACUCGAUCCCACUUGACAAGGAGCAGAGCGCUUCAACUUUAGCAAGGCCGGGACCCACCCCAGGCCUUGGGGCAGCGCUCCCCUGGGUCUGGGCUGAGGCGGCAUCACACUGCUCAUGACAACAGCAUUCUGCCCUCUCUCAACCAGCGAUUCCUGGGCUCCCUCCACUCCACCGAAUGCCUCCCCAGUCACCCCUCAGGAGCUGCUGGCACUGUCAGCUCUGUCUUCUGUUCCAUGCUGUCCUGUCUAAACUCCCUGCAUGGAGACCUGUGUGCCACAGGAUGUGGCAGCUUUAUGACUCAGUUGUAUUGCCAUUCUUGUUUUGGGGGCCUUGCUGGGGUUGAACCUAAAGCAUUGGCUAGAUUAAUGGCACCCAAACAGCAGCCUGGGACCCCAGGAGAGAGAAGGAGGUGCCCCGUGCCCAGCACCUCUCACUUCAGAAAUACGGUGUAUCUAUCUUGACUCUAGAUCUUGCCCCACACAGACACCUCCCAGAGUCACUCCAUGCCUUUGGGCCCUCCCAUCAGCCAGUCACACUUACCUGGUGGCCAAGCCCCCUUCCUCCGGGAAGCCGCCAGGGUAGCCCUGUAGCCCUAGUCUUCCCCACCAUCCCCCCCUGUUUCUCUCCAGGCUGGACUUAUGGAGAGCAGACUGACAUCUUCACUGUCAAUUCCCUCCCAGCCCUGUGGAGCUUGGUGGAAUGCCUGGUGUGAAGGGUCCUGGUGAAGAUUUCGCACUUUUCAGAAGGGGCACGUACCCCCACUCCAACCUGAGCCUACCUUUCUUUGGUAUACAUUCCUGCCCCCAGCCAAGGUCCACGGGACGUUCGUCAUUUGCUUAUCUGAGGUCACUGUGGUUUUUGGCUUGUAGAUCCCAAUUUCCCAGAACCUGCCCCCAUGUGGGUGGGACAGCAAACAAGUUACUAAUCCAUUCCCCACUUGCUGUCAAGUUCAGAAGCCUCCUGGCAGACACUGGAGCCACGAUGAAGCCCCCAAGGCCUGUCUGUACCUGCAGCAAAGUUCUGGUCCUGCUUUCACUGCUGGCCAUCCACCAGACCACCACUGCCCAAAAGAAUGGCGUCGACAUCUAUAGCCUCACCGUGGACUCCAGGGUCUCAUCCCGAUUUGCCCACACGGUCGUCACCAGCCGAGUGGUCAAUAGGGCCAAUACUGUGCAGGAGGCCACCUUCCAGAUGGAGCUGCCCAAGAAAGCCUUCAUCACCAACUUCUCCAUGAUCAUCGAUGGCAUGACCUACCCAGGGAUCAUCAAGGAGAAGGCUGAAGCCCAGGCACAGUACAGUGCAGCAGUGGCCAAGGGAAAGAGCGCUGGCCUCGUCAAGGCCACCGGGAGAAACAUGGAGCAGUUCCAGGUGUCGGUCAGUGUGGCUCCCAAUGCCAAGAUCACCUUUGAGCUGGUCUAUGAGGAGCUGCUCAAGCGGCGUUUGGGGGUGUAUGAGCUGCUGCUGAAAGUGCGGCCCCAACAGCUGGUCAAGCACCUGCAGAUGGACAUUCACAUCUUUGAGCCUCAGGGCAUCAGCUUCCUGGAGACAGAGAGCACCUUCAUGACCAACCAGCUGGUAGACGCCCUCACCACCUGGCAGAAUAAGACCAAGGCUCACAUCCGGUUCAAGCCAACACUUUCCCAGCAGCAAAAGUCCCCAGAACAGCAAGAAACAGUCCUGGACGGCAACCUCAUUAUCCGCUAUGAUGUGGACCGGGCCAUCUCCGGGGGCUCCAUUCAGAUCGAGAACGGCUACUUUGUACACUACUUUGCCCCCGAGGGCCUAACCGCAAUGCCCAAGAAUGUGGUCUUUGUCAUUGACAAGAGCGGCUCCAUGAGUGGCAGGAAAAUCCAGCAGACCCGGGAAGCACUAAUCAAGAUCCUGGAUGACCUCAGCCCCAGAGACCAGUUCAACCUCAUCGUCUUCAGUACAGAAGCAAUUCAGUGGAGGCCAUCACUGGUGCCAGCCUCAGCCGAGAACGUGAACAAGGCCAGGAGCUUUGCUGCCAGCAUCCAGGCCCUGGGAGGGACCAACAUCAAUGAUGCAAUGCUGAUGGCUGUGCAGCUACUGGACAGCAGCAACCAGGAGGAGCGGCUGCCCGACGGGAGUGUCUCACUCAUCAUCCUGCUCACCGAUGGCGACCCCACCGUGGGGGAGACUAACCCCAGGAGCAUCCAGAAGAACGUGCGGGAAGCUGUAAGUGGCCGGUACAGCCUCUUCUGCCUGGGCUUUGGCUUCGACGUCAGCUAUGCCUUCCUGGAGAAGCUGGCACUGGACAACGGCGGCCUGGCCCGACGCAUCCAUGAGGACUCAGACUCCGCCCUGCAGCUCCAGGACUUCUAUCAGGAAGUGGCCAACCCACUGCUGACAGCAGUGACCUUUGAGUACCCAAGCAAUGCCGUGGAGGAGGUCACUCAGAACAACUUCCGGCUCCUCUUCAAGGGCUCAGAGAUGGUGGUGGCUGGGAAGCUCCAGGACCAGGGGCCUGAUGUGCUCACAGCCACAGUCAGUGGGAAGCUGCCUACACAGAACAUCACUUUCCAAACGGAGUCCAGUGUGGCAGAGCAGGAGGCAGAGUUCCAGAGCCCCAAGUAUAUCUUCCACAACUUCAUGGAGAGGCUCUGGGCAUACCUGACUAUCCAGCAGCUCCUGGAGCAAACUGUCUCCGCAUCCGGUGCUGAUCAGCAGGCCCUCCGGACCCAAGCGCUGAAUUUAUCGCUUGCCUACAGCUUUGUCACGCCUCUCACAUCUAUGGUAGUCACCAAACCCGAAGACCAAGAGCAGUCUCAAGUUGCUGAGAAGCCUGUGGAAGGCGAAAGUAGAAACAGGAAUGUCCACUCAGGUUCCACUUUCUUCAAAUAUUAUCUCCAGGGAGCAAAAAUACCAAAACCAGAGGCUUCCUUUUCUCCAAGAAGAGGAUGGAGUAGACAAGCUGGAGCUGCUGUCUCCCGGAUGAAUUUCAGACCUGGGGUUCUCAGCCCCAGGCAAGUUGGAUUCCCAGGACCUCCUGAUGCUCCUGACCAUGCUGCUCUCCACCCCUUCCGCCGUCUGGCCGUCUCGCCUGCUUUAGCGCCACCAGCCACCUCAAAUCCUGAUCCAGCUGUGUCUCGUGUCAUGAACACCAAAAUCAAAGAAACAACCAUGACAGCCCAAACCCCAGCCCCCAUACAGGCUCCCUCUGCCAUCCUGCCACUGCCUGGGCAGAGCGUGGAGCGGCUCUGUGUGGACCCCAGACACCGCCAGGGGCCAGUGAACCUGCUCUCAGACCCUGAGCAAGGGGUUGAGGUGACUGGCCAGUAUGAGAGGGAGAAGGCUGGGUUCUCAUGGAUCGAAGUGACCUUCAAGAACCCCCCAGUGCGGGUUCACGCAUCCCCUGAACACGUGGUGGUGACUCGGAACCGAAGAAGCUCUGCGUACAAGUGGAAGGAGACGCUGUUCUCAGUGAUGCCCGGCCUGAAGAUGACCAUGGACAAGACGGGUCUCCUGCUGCUCAGUGACCCAGACAGAGUUACCAUCGGCCUGUUGUUCUGGGAUGGCCAUGGGGAGGGGCUCCGGCUCCUUCUGCGUGACACUGACCGCUUCUCCAGCCACGUUGGAGGGACCCUUGGCCAGUUUUACCAGGAGGUGCUCUGGGGAUCUCCAGCAGCAUCAGAUGACGGCAGACGCAUGCUGAGGGUUCAGGGCAGUGACCACUCUGCCACCAGAGAGCGCAGGCUGGAUUACCAGGAGGGGCCCCCAGGAGUGGAGAUUUCCUGCUGGUCUGUGGAGCUGUAGUUCUGAUGGAAGGAGCUGUGCCCACCCUGUACACUUGGCUGCCCCCUGCAACUGCAGGGCCGCUUCUGGGGCCUGGACCACCAUGGGGAGGAAGAGUCCCACUCAUUACAAAUAAAGAAAGGUGGUGUGAGCCCAGGAAGUGGGUGUCUCCAGUUCCAUGUGGCCAAAUCCUAGGGCCUCAACCUUGCAUCCUGAACCUUAGCAUCGUGGAACAUAGAAGCUUCCACUGUCAGCUCUCAAGGGCCCAUGGCCAGGAGGGCCCAUGCUGAGCUUUCAGUCCAGCCAGCCCCUUCAUUUUACAAACAAGGAAAUUGAGCUCGAACCACCCAUUUGAGAUGUCACUCUGGCUGCCAGCUAGGGGCCCAGGGCUGGGAGCAUUCUCCAGGAGCAGAGGUUCAGUCUGCUUCAUGGUCACUUGGACCAGUUUUGACUACAAAAAAAAAAAAAAAAAGAGUGAACUGGGUUGGAAUUCUUUCUAGUCCAACUCCUAAACUUUCUCAGUGAGCUUUUGGACCUCUCUGCAAUGGGAUUUGCUUUACACAAUUUGAUUUUCACGCCUGUGCUGAGGAGCAGGCCUGUCUGCUCAUUGUCUUGUAAGGAAGCACUGGAUCUUCGAAGGGGACGCAGAGGCAAGGCCCCAGGUGCAGCGGGGAAAUAUGGCCUGUUCCCAGGAACCUCUAGUCUAAUGGGGCUGAUCUGGGUCCCAACUCUAAAUCCUGUGCUUGAGGGUCUCCUUUCCUGUUCUUGCCCCAGGGUUAGGCACCCCAAAGAUUCCACCAAUUCUUGUAUGGGCAACGUAUACUUUAAAGAAUUUACGGCUGGGUGUAGUGGCUCACACCUGUAAUCCCAGCACCUUGAGAGGCCAAGGCCGGAGGAUUGAUUGAGUCCAGGAAUUUGAGACCAGCCUGGGCAACGUGACGAAACCCCAUCUCUACAAAAAUUACAAAAAUUAGCUGGCAUGGUGGUGCAUGCCUGUAGUCCCAGCUACUCGGGAGACUGAGGUUGGAGGAUCGCUUGAGCCUGGGAGGUCAUGGCUGCAGAGAGCCGUGAUCGUGCCACUGCAUUCCAGCCUGGGCAACAGAGCAAGACCCUGUCUCAGAGAAGAAACAAAAAUUACUAUUAGCCCACCUACUUCUGAAAAAAGGAUAUGAGUCUAUGGCUUACCAAUACAAAGCUUAAAGAGGAAAAAACCAAAA